GCCUUUCGAGCGCGUCGUGUGGAUAAGAAGAUGAAGCCCACCAACAAAAUCUGUUGCUCUGCGCUCAUGGCAUUUGAUCCAAACCCCGCAUUAAUCCGUCCUCCUCCUCCUUCCCUCCUUCACCACUCGCGGAGGAGAGCAUUAAGGGUUUAAGGUUUCUAAUUUCUUAUCCACCUGCUACUCAUCGUCGCCGGUGUUCCAUCGAAGCUGAAGUAUGGCUAGAAUCGCCGUCUGUUCCUUCAACCCUUCGCCCUCCUUGUCUUCCCCCGUCUCCGACCCCUCGAGGCGCCUCCGCGCGGCGCUGCUUCCCCUCCCAUUCAAAAUCCCUACGAACCGGGUCAGGGGUCGCCGUCCCCUCGUAGCCGUGGUCGCCCGCUUUGGCGGUGGGGGUAAUUGGCGUGGCCCAUCCAGGAGGCGCCCGAUAGAUGGCCGCGCCGCUGCGGACCCGGACUACGAUCCUGCCCUCGACCUUGACAGGGUCAAGUCAUCUUCUGUAAGGUUAUUAGACGAGCAGCAAAAUAUGCUUGGUGUGGUGUCAAUCGAUGAGGCCAUACAGAUGGCAGAUGAUGCUGAUCUGAUUCUGGCAAUUUUGUCCAUAGACGCAGAUCCUCCGGUGCUUAGGCUCUUUGAGAGUUCAGACUACAACAUUUUAUUUAUUUACUUGUACAGAAAACAUAAAUAUGAACAGCAAAAGAAGAAAAAAGUGCAGCAAAAGAGAUCUGCUGCAAACCGCAUGGAUAUUAAGGAGCUUAAAAUGGGGUACAACAUUGACUCUCAUGAUUAUUCUGUGAGGCUAAAAGCUGCUCAGAAGUUUCUUAAAGAUGGAGAUAAGGUUAAGAUCAUAGUAAAUUUGAAAGGCCGGGAAAAUGAAUUCAGGAAUAUUGCUAUAAAACUUAUCCAGCGUUUUCAGAGUGAUAUUGGGGAGCUGGCAACCGAGGAGACUAAAAACUUCAGCCAAAGAAACAUUUUCAUGGUUCUCGUGCCCAACAAAGUAGUUCUGCAAAAGACCCAGGAACAGCCAAAGAAAAAGGAAAAACCAGUUACAGAAGUUUCUGCAAGUGUUUAGCCGUGUGGAGUGUGAUCUUGAGACCAUAGCAAGAGAUACUGUCAUUUAGGUUUCAUUAACAGGAGCUGAGGUGAUUGCCCGACUACAUAAUGUAAAUAUUGAGGCAGUGGAUGAUAGAAUCAGAUGUUAAAAACAUCGUCAUUUGUGGCCACAAAACCAUUUCAUAUUAUUCUGAUGGAAAUCAUUAUUAGGUAAUGGUUCUGAUUGCUGCUUUCAUUCUAACAUCCAGCUGAGGCUGCCUCAAAAGAUAAAGAACUGAUGAUUAUGAGCGGUUGACUUUUGUUAUCUUAGCAGAUCCAUCAUAGUAACAGAUGCUGAUUGUUGUACUUUUUCAUGACUAAAAAUAAUCAUAUAGUUAUUAUUCUUUA